UUUGUAAAAAUGACAGAAGAAUAGAGUGAUUAUGUGUUUAAAUUCAUCAUUAUAGGAAAUGGUAAUUGUGGUAAAACAAGUCUCCUUUAUCAUUAUAAUAAUGGGAAAUGUAAUUUAUAAGUUGAUUAAAGAAAUUUAAAAUGUAAAGCAGACAGUAGGAGUUGAAUUUUCAACAAAAGUAAUUUAAGUGAAACAAAAGAGAAUAAAAAUGUAACUAUGGGAUACUGCUGGUUAAGAGAGAUAUAGAGCUUUAACUAAGGGUUAUUAUAGAGGUGCAUUAGGAGCAUUAAUUGUAUUUGAUGUCACUAAGUACAAAUAUACAGUAAUAUAGUUCAGAGUCUUUUGAGGCUCUUAAAGAAUGGAUUAAAAAUGCAAGAGACUUUUCUAAACCAUCUAUUUAAAUAAUUAUUGUAGGAAAUAAAAUAGAUCUAGAAAAAUAAAGGUAAAAUUAUAUAUUUAUCAUAAAGAGUAAUUUCUGAAGAAUCUGCAAAAUAAUUUUGUUAAGAAAAUGAUGUAUAAUAUGUAGAGACUAGUGCGGCAACUGGAUAUUAAGUCAAUGAAGCAUUCACUCAAAUUACUAUAUAAAUAUUGGAUUUAUUAUAGUAAGGAGCAAUAGAUGGAGAAAUGAUCAAACCUAAAUUUUUAAAUUAAAAAAAAGUAAAUGAAACAGAUAAAUAACAGUAAUGUAAUUGUUGA